CAUGCUCGCCGCUUAUCAGACAGUCAGGUGUUGCGGGGCUUCAGGGUUUCUGGGCUGCAACUACCCCAUAAAUAGGUGCUCUGAGUACUAAUUUACAGUAGUCGCCCUCAAAGAUCCCUUGCAUAGAACCGCUGCCGCUUGCCUCCCCGCUCAGGCCUUAUAAAACAAACAUGCUCCAAAAUCCUUAUGGGUCGAAACCUAUCCUGAAGGAGCGUCAACGUAAACGCACAGGGAGCAGAACACAGAUUGCUUGCGUCAAUUGCAAGGAAAGAAAGCUCAAGUGCGAUAGCCAGCUUCCAGCAUGCUCAAUUUGUCGACGGUUUGGCUUAGUAUGUCUGGUGGAAGAUCCGACCACGAAACGUCAUCAGCCUCGAAACUAUCUCGAGAUAUUGGAGGAGCGGGUCGCCUAUCUCGAAGGAGUCCUUGCACAAGAGAACCAGGCAGGUGCUAUUCCUGGCUCGCUACAUCAAGUUGGCCUGCAAUACGCAGAGUCUCAAACGACAACACCAUCAGCUACCCUGUCUUUCACGCAGGAGCAUCUAAGUCCGUCAAGGUCGGGCACAGCCGAUGAAGGCCGAGAUGAGGUGGGCAAUUUGGCUGCGAAAGUUGGUAUGCUGAGUCUUGCAGCCGGAGCCGAGCCUCACUACUUAGGCGCCUCGUCAACCUUUGCAUUCUCACGAGUCAUCAAUUCGGCUCUGCUUCAGGCAGUGCCCAGAAGAGCCCCUGACACCCACAAUGGUCAUCACGAUACCAGACCGUUGCCAGCACCGUGCCUUCUUCCCGACUAUGAGAGCUGCGUCAAACUCAGUGACGCCUAUUUUCGGGAGAUACAUAGCCAGUAUCCAUUCUUGCAUGAACCGACGUUUCGGCUUUGGGAAGCGAAGCUCAUGCCAUCAGAGAUGACGGAUAUGUCUCAAUUCGAGCCGGUAGCCCUCUUUUUCUUGUACAUGGUAUAUGCUAUCGGUGCUUUGCUCCUACCGCGCGUUGGAUAUGAUCCAAAGCAAUUAUAUGCCUCGGCGCAACUGUUUGUCGAUGAAGUCUUGAAGCUCGAGAACCUCGAGGUCAUACAGGCUUAUCUAUGCUACGCAGUGUAUUCACUGCGAUCCCCUGCUGGCACAUCCGUCUGGAGACUUUCUGGGUUGGCUUUGCGUCAGUGUAUCGAAUUUGGCUAUCACCGUCAUGUGAACGUGAUGGGGAUGGCAUCGACUUCAACUCCCCUGCGUACCGAGCUGCGAAAGCGAGCCUUUUGGUGUGCAUGGACUGUUGAUACCAUGGCAGCGACCAUACUGGGAAGGCCAUUGGCUUUGCAAUACCAAAUGGUUGACUGCGAGUAUCCGAUGGACAUCGACGACAUGUACAUUUCCGACUACGGCAUACUCGGCACAGUCCGAAGUCCUCACGAGCCUCCAACAAGCAUGACAAAGGCACUCCAUGCAUUUCGUGUUCGCUGUCUCCUGGGUCGGAUUCAUGCAUCACUGUACUCGGACAUUCACCAAAGUAAUCCCCCACAGCCUGCCUACCAGGCACGUGUCGAUGAAUUACGCAAAGAGCUCGAAGAUUGGCGAGCGUCAAUACCUCCGAGGGUACCUCAUCAAGGAGAGAUGCUUUCAAUGUUCAGUUGUGACGAAUGGUUCGACUUCUCUUACAGUGAUACGAUUCUCCAUCUUUACCGUGGCCAGUUGACAGAUCUGAAAGGCACCUCAUCCGAUAAGACGUUUCUUGAAUGCAUGCAAGCUGCAGAAAACAUUUGCCAUGGAUAUCGGAGGCAGCUGCUCGGGAAAUCAACUACGUAUACCUGGGGCGCACUUCAUACCGUCUUCAUGGCCGGGCUCACAUACCUCCACUGUCUUUGGUCUUCGGCUGCAGUACGUGGAAGGGUACGACAAGAUGUUGUCAGCAGUACCUGCACUGAUUGUACCAUUGUUUUGGUGCUCAUUGCCCAAUGGAAUGAUGCUGCAGCCCCUUACCGAGAUAUCUUUGAGGCGCUGGCUACUCGGACCAUGACCAUGCUCGUUGAUAAGGGUGCUGAAACACCCACAGCUCUUGAUUUUGCACCGCAGGCUGACAGCUUGGACUCUGAGAACUUCUCGCAAUGGAUCUCGGAUAUCACCGAAGGUGGUAUGGCCGAUGGUCUGGGAGAUUUGUUGAACGGACUGGUUGGUGAGAUGCCAGCUAUGGAUCAGGACACACUUCCAUGAGCGGUGCCCAAGAACACCCUGAAUUGAACACAGGGACGUAGGAGGCAGAAAAAUUGAAGGCCAAUGGAGCCACAGAUGCCGUUGCAGGAAGCUGGCACUGC